UAUCAACAAUAAUAAUUCAUUAAAUAAUUGUUAUUUAAACAAAUUAUAAAUCAUUUUAUUUUUAUUUAUAAUUAUUAUCAAUUUAUAAAAUUUAAAAAAGGAAAGUAUCUUGAAUUGUGGUGAAUUUUUUUAUAAAUAAAAUUUAAAAUCAUCAAUCGACUUGAUAAAUAUAAUAAAUAUUAUAAAUUAUUAUUAAACAAUAUACUAGUAAAUAAUAAUGUUUUUAUUUAUUGUUAUUGCUUAUUAAUAAUAUUGAAUUUUUCUUUUUUUCAAAAUAAAUAUCAAUGCGCAGCACUCAUUGUCAUGCGUGGAAUAAUUUUUUAACAAAAAUCAACUGUGUAAAGUAGCCAAAUAAAAAAAAAAAAUUCCAUUUACAUCAUGAUUUGAACAAUCAGGAAUUUCCAAGAAAUAAGCGUGGAUAUGCAAUACGUAGAAACACGUGUUGUUUGCUAAAAAAAAUAUUUUGUUUAUUAAAAUUUGACUUGUCAAUUUUUAAUUACUCAUAAUUAUCGAGACAGUACUAAUCAGGGAUUUUAAGAGACACAAUAAGUGUUACAUUAGUGACAAUGGAAGCUUGUUCAGAAUCAAUAUCUCAUUUAACAGUGAGUGGUGAUGGUGAUGAUGAUAAUAAAAUGGAAAAAAAACAAGCAAGAAGUAAAGGUGAAACUCGUGGACAAAAAUUAUCUGGUUUAACUCAUGAAUGUGGUGUUUUUGGUUGUAUUGCUGCUGGUGAUUGGCCAUCACAAAUGGAUGUAAGUCAAGUUAUUUGUCUUGGUCUUGUUGCACUUCAACACAGAGGUCAAGAAUCAGCUGGUAUUGUAACAAGUCAAGGUGUAUGUGCUAAAUCAUUUCAUGUACAUAAAGGUAUGGGAAUGAUAAAUAAUAUAUUUACUGAUGAUAGUAUAAAAAAAUUACGUGGUAAUCUUGGUAUUGGACAUACACGUUACAGUACAAGUGCAGCAAGUGAAGAAGUUAAUUGUCAACCAUUUGUUGUACAUACUGCACAUGGAGCAUUGGCUGUUGCACAUAAUGGUGAAUUAGUUAAUACAGAAUCAUUAAGAAAAAUGGUACUUGGUAGAGGUGUUGGUUUAUCAACAUUAUCUGAUUCAGAACUUAUAACACAAGCAUUAUGUUUAAAUCCACCAGAGGGUGAAGUUAAUGGACCAGAUUGGCCAGCAAGAAUUAAACAUUUAAUGCAACUUGCACCAUUAUCAUAUUCACUUGUUAUUAUGCAAAGAGAUAAAAUAUAUGGUGUACGUGAUCCAUAUGGUAAUCGUCCAUUGUGUAUAGGUAAAAUUGUACCAAUUGGUAAACUUGCUAAUAAUGAAUCAGAUGAUGAUGAUGAUGCUGAUGGUUGGGUUAUAUCAUCUGAAUCAUGUGGUUUUCUUAGUAUUGGAGCACGUUAUGUACGUGAAGUAUUUCCUGGUGAAAUUGUUGAAUUAACACGUGAAGGAAUUAAAACAAUUGACAUUGUUGAUAGACCUGAAAAAAAACCACAAGCAUUUUGUAUAUUUGAAUAUGUUUAUUUUGCAAGAAGUGAUAGUAUAUUUGAAGGACAAAUGGUUUAUUCAGUACGUAUGCAAUGUGGAAGAAUGUUGGCUAUUGAAUCACCAGUUGAAGCUGAUAUUGUUAGUUCAGUACCUGAAUCUGGUACAGCUGCUGCACAUGGAUAUGCAAGACAAUCACAAGUACCAUUUGCUGAGGUACUAUGUAAAAAUCGUUAUGUUGGACGUACAUUUAUUCAACCAAGUACAAGACUAAGACAAUUAGGUGUUGCUAAAAAAUUUGGUGCACUAUCAGAAAAUGUCAAAGGUAAAAGAUUAAUUCUCAUUGAUGAUUCAAUUGUCAGGGGUAAUACAAUUGGUCCAAUUAUUAAAUUGUUACGUGAUGCUGGAGCUAAAGAGGUUCAUGUGAAAAUUGCUUCUCCACCUCUUAAGUAUCCUUGUUACAUGGGUAUAAAUAUUCCAACAAGAGAAGAAUUAAUUGCAAAUAGAUUGGAUAAUAUUAAAUUAGCUAAACAUGUUGGAGCUGAUACCCUAACUUAUUUAUCAGUUGAUGGACUUGUUGAAGCUGUCAGACAUGGUAUGGAUAAUCGUGAAAGCAGUUAUAUUGGUCAUUGUACAGCUUGUCUCACUGGUGAAUAUCCUGAUGAACUACCAAGAGAUCUUGAUUGGUAGAUUAACAUUAUGGAAAAUCAAAUAUUAUAUUUUUAAAAAUAAGAAAAAACAUGACAAUUUUGAUGAUGAUUAAUUUUUUUAUUAAUUUUUUGUAUUGCAAUAUUUUUUUUUUGCUUAAUCUUUUUUUUUUUUUUUUAAUUAUCAAAUUGUCAAAUUUACUGAUUCUUUAUAAUUAAUCUAUUUUUUAGAAAAUAUAUUUGUAAUAAAUAAAGAAAAAUGAAAAAUUUAAUUAUUUACAUGAAAAAAUAUAUGAAAAUUAAGAAUCUU